AUGGCAAUCGACGAUCUCUCAACCAUCGAUGCCUCUAAAGAGAACUGGUGUAUUGUCGCAAAGGUGAACCGGUUGUGGCUUAGUCCAAGCUUAUAUGGAUCCAAGCUUCCAUUUUCCAUGGACAUGAUACUUAUGGAUGACAAGGGUUGUAAAAUACAUGCUUCCGUUCGGAAGACUCUGAUAUACCGAUUCCAAUCUUUACUAAGUGAGGGUCGUGUAUAUCAGAUUUCUGCUACUGUUUUAAAUGGAAACAAUAUGGGUGAAAUAACAUUUAUUCCAAGGAUGAGUUUAACUCCAUCUAAUUCUGACAUUCCAUUCAAAUUCCAGCGUAGACAAUUUCCCGUUGCUCUAUGUUUUGCAAUGACUAUAAAUAAAAGUCAGGGACAAUCUUUAUCUCAUGUUGGACUGUAUUUGCCAAGGCCUGUCUUUACUCACGGGCAGCUAUAUGUUGCACUUUCUAGAGUUAAAUCUAGAAAAGGGUUGAAGAUGCUUAUCAUAGAUGACGAAGGAGUUGUAUCAAACACUACACGCAACGUAGUGUAUCAAGAAGUCUUUGAUAAUAUUUGA